AAACACGCGCGUCCAGGCCAUUGGAGGCUCCACCCCAUUCUGUUUAGCCGCUAGCUGGUGGCUAGUACCGCUCGCCCCACUGACCCCAGCUCGCUUCUCCUUCUUCCCCACCCCAUUCUGUCUGCCCCUGUGUCGUGUGCUGCCGGCGUGAACCGGAUGGAGAAGGCGAGGCGGCGGCAGGUGCCGGCGUUCGGGGAGUGGAACUACUGCUACUACUACGACGAGCCGCCGGCCGCGGCGGCGGUGGCCGUGGCGGCCGAGUGCUACGCGCCGGAGCCGGAGGCCUGCAGCGACGUGUGGUUCAGGUACUCGCCGCCUCCGCGCAAGCCCACGCCCAAGAAGACGCGGAGGCCGGACCAGGGCGACGUGGCCCGUCGGGAGAAGGGGGAGAGGCGCGGUGCCAGGGCGCUGGACGCUGCCGGCGGCGUGCCGCGCGCCACGGCCAAGGCCGGCUCCAGGGUGGUGCGCCCGGUCGACGAGGACCUGUACCAGGUGCCUCCGCCGGAGUUCACCUCCCGCCGGCCGAGGCGGAAGAGGAGCCUGCUGAUGGGAUGCCUGGGCCUCAACUCAUGCGUCGCCUGAACCUGUGUGCCAAUGGGAUGCUAGCUGCGCGUUCUAUUCUACUAGAGUGGUAGUGGUAGUGUUCACUAGAUUGAGUGAGUGCUGGUUCUUUCUUGUUGUGUGUUAUGUAGUUUUGAUCUCUUGGGCAGUUGGCUAGUGAGUGAUCACUUGUAAUGCUCUCGAGCUGUUUAUUCCACCUUGAGUUUGUGUACGCA